GAUUACAAAGCUGUCAUCACUUCUUGUCCAGGGUUGCCAACAAGUUCUGGUAAUGCCAGUUUUUGCAAACCAGUUUGUGAUUCCGUCGAUUCCAACCCUUAAUGGUGAAGACAGAUGGCAGUUGCUUCAAGCUCAUUGGGGUGCCUGAUACACUUCCAUAGACCACAUUUAAUUGACGUAAUUAACCGAAAGGUGAUCAAAGUCGUUUUUCUUCAUAAAAUGUGUUUCAGUCUCUUUCUUGCACAGGUCAUAUUAUACUCUACAGGUUCAACAACACGAUUGAUUAGACAAGGCAAAAGUGAUGUGUCCUUUGUGAUUAUCCUCUCAAUCUUUAUGAUUUUGUUAAUAAUGGCAAUUUCUUGGAAACAAUAACAAGACACUCUAACGAAGAGCCGCCUAUGUUUGUCUCAAAUCCAUUGUGCUUUGCUACCGUUGCUACCUCGAUUUUUCGGUUCAACAUGAAGAGACCUUCUGCCCACAACAUAGUCAUUCGCCAUCACAAGGUAAGCAAUGAGGCCAAAAAAUGGUCUUAGUCCUCUCCACCAUAAUAUUUCAUAAGCAUGUCCUUUGAAUCGCGUCUUACUCAUUUGACACAAGAAUUAGUACGUGGCGAGAUUAAAAGAACCUGAAGGAAGCAGGGCCUCCAGAUGAUAUUAAUCUCUUAAUUCGAGAUUGGCGAGUCUGUGUUAUUAUCACCCUAUCAUUAAUACUGUAAGGAACUCAAAUACGUAGAACCAUGUCUCCCUUGAACAAAGUCAAUAACGGAAAUGACCAAGGAGGUCCCGCCCAGGUCCAAGUGGAAGUGGGCCAGCAACAGCAACGGGUAAAUCAACCACCCGUCGUUUGCCCCAAUUGCAAAAAACGACUCUCCGAGAGAAGCGCCCUCACCCGACAUAUGAAGAUCCAUGAUAACACCACUAAAUUAUUCAAGUGUACGGUGUGCCACAAGAACGACCAGCGACAAAAAUCCAACUGGAGGCAGCAUGUGACCACCCACAUUGGCCAAGCGAUCCCUCCCGACGUGUUUGCAAUUUUAGAUCACGAGACCGAAGCCAUUCUAACUGGAACGCAUGGUCAAAUGAAACGAAAAAUCUUUGAGAAAAGAUUGACCGAAGCCGAAGCGAAACAAGCCAAAAAGAACAAUAAGGCUCGAAGAUCAAAGCAUGAAUAGUCGUUUGAAGAACUCUGGUAUCCCAUAUGUGUAUUGCAAGAAUAAAUGUUAAAAAAAUACCAUU